GCGUUUGUUUGGUCGCUUCCCUUUUUCUUUUGCUCUCUUUUUGCUGGCGAUGGGGUGGGGGUGGUCGUCGUCGUCGUCCGGGGCUACGACGAUGGUCGUGGUCGUGGCGCGCGUUGUCGCUUUGGCGGCGGCGGCGGGCGUCGUCCUCGCGGUGGAGGCGCAGCUGUCGCCGGGGUACUACAGCGCGACGUGCCCUGGGGUGACGGCCAUCGUGCGCCGCGGCAUGGCGCAGGCGGUGCAGAAGGAGGCGCGGAUGGGCGCCUCCAUCCUCCGCCUCUUCUUCCACGACUGCUUCGUCAAUGGGUGCGACGCCUCCAUCUUGCUGGACGACACGGCCAACUUCACGGGGGAGAAGAACGCGGGGCCGAAUGCCAACUCCGUGCGCGGGUACGAGGUCAUCGACGCCAUCAAGGCGCAGGUCGAGGCCUCCUGCAAGGCCACCGUCUCCUGCGCCGACAUCAUCGCCCUCGCGGCGCGCGACGCCGUCAACCUGCUCGGGGGGCCGAACUGGACGGUGCAGCUGGGGCGGCGCGACGCGCGCUCGACGAGCCAGAGCGCGGCGAACACAAACCUGCCGCCUCCCGGCGCGAGCCUCGCCUCGCUCCUGUCAAUGUUCAGCGCCAAGGGCCUCGACGCGCGCGACCUCACCGCGCUGUCCGGCGCCCACACCGUCGGGUGGGCGCGCUGCUCCACCUUCCGCGCGCACAUCUACAACGACACCGGCGUGAACUCCACCUUCGCCACGCAGCUGCGCACCAAGUCGUGCCCCACCACCGGCGGCGACGCCAACCUCGCGCCGCUCGAGCUGCAGGCGCCCAAUACCUUCGACAACGCCUACUACCAGGACCUCGUCAGCCGCCGCGUCCUGCUGCGCUCCGACCAGGAGCUCUACGGCAGCGGCGCGGGCAAUGGCACCACGGACGCGUUCGUGCGCGCGUACGCCGCUAACUCGACGGCGUUCGGGGCGGACUUCGCCGCCGCGAUGGUGCGGCUGGGCAACCUGAGCCCGCUCACAGGAAAGAACGGCGAGGUCCGGCUCAACUGCCGGCGAGUGAACUCAUCGUGAAACUGGAUCAAAAUGCAUUCUAGAUGUACGCUUCGCCAACGCCAUAAACUUAUUAUUAAUCCUGUUUUUACCAAAAACAAACGGGAAAGACUGUUCUUGCACUGGAUUUUCUC